AUGCAGAAGUGGCUUGGACUAUGGAAAAUGGAUUGCGUACAGAAAGUAUCCCACGGUGUGUUGCCAGCCUCGUCUGAGGACCCCGAAAUUUUUACGAAUAGUGAUUAUGUAGUAUUAGGAGAAACAUAUCCUGGGCAAGAGCAAGAAGAAAGUCCUGAACAGCCAGACCCAGACGGCGAGGCCCGCAGCGAUACGGUUGGUGGUGGCUUUUUCAGCAGUCUGUUUGGUAGAGAUAUGUCUUCCUACACCCCAGAGUUUCUUUUGGAUGUACGAUCAAGGGUCAAUUUCACAUAUCGGACAAGGUUUGUUCCUAUAGCAAGAGCACCGGAUGGACCUUCACCUUUAAGUUUGAACGUACUGGUACGGGCAAAUCCGAUCAAUACAAUAGAGAACUACAUAGCCAACCCUGAUUGUUUUAAUACUGAUAUUGGGUGGGGGUGUAUGAUAAGAACAGGACAAAGCUUGUUAGGUAAUGCUUUACAGACCCUUCAUCUGGGCAGGGAUUUUAGGGUCAACGGUAAUGAAAGUUUAGAAAAAGAAUCAGAAAUUGUGAAGUGGUUCAACGAUACGCCUGACGCUCCAUUCUCAUUACAUAACUUUGUUUCGGCAGGUUCCGAACUCUCUGAUAAAAGGCCAGGUGAAUGGUUUGGCCCCGCAGCCACAGCCAGAAGUAUACAAGCUCUUAUCUACGGUUUCCCGAAAUGUGGCAUAGAUGAUUGUAUAGUCUCUGUUUCCUCUGGCGAUAUAUAUGAAAAUGAAGUUGAAAAAGUAUUUGUUGAGAAUCCAGAUAGUAGGAUACUGUUUUUGCUAGGUGUUAAACUUGGCAUCAAUGCUGUAAAUGAAAGCUAUAGAGAAAGCAUAUGCAGCAUUCUAAAUUCCGCAUGCUCAGUAGGUAUUGCUGGAGGGAGGCCGUCCUCAUCGCUUUACUUUUUCGGAUAUCAAGGUAAUGAGUUUUUGUACUUUGAUCCUCAUAUUUCUCAGCCAGCUGUAGAAGACACCUUUGUAGAAUCGUGUCAUACCAGAAAAUUUGGUAAACUACAGCUAUCAGAGAUGGAUCCUUCGAUGCUCAUUGGUGUUCUAAUCAAAGGAGAAGAGGAUUGGGAACAAUGGAAGCUAGAAGUCAUGGGAUCCACCAUUAUCAAUAUACUUGCUAAGAGAAUGGAUGAUUUUGAUGUGAGUUGUAGUAUGGACGACAUAGAAAGUGUUGAUUCUAACUUGAUGAAGAAGGAUACAAACAAUAAUGAAAAUUACGGAGUGUUAGAGGGAGAUUAUGUAGAUAUCGGUGCAAUACUUCCACACACAACAAACAUAGGGGGCAGUGAAGAGGACGAUGGCUUCCAAGACAUUCAUUGCAAGAACCAGAAGAUUGUUGUUAUGGGGAACACACACACUGUUAAUGCCAAUUUAACAGACUAUGAAGUAGAAGGUGUUCUUGUAGAAAAGGAAACAGUAGGUAUUCCUAGUCCCAUCAACGAAAAAUGUUAG